UUUUUGAAUGCUCAAGUACGUGUUCUCCUCCGUUCUUUUGUUGAAUUUCAACUACUUAAUGCUUACUACUCAUUUGAAAAAGUUUUAAAACCUUUGUGUUAUGAACGUCUUAAAAUCUUUAGGCAAAUUAAUUUGGGGAAACCCUGAUAACCCCGAACUCAUAAAGAUAACAAAUGGAGAACUUUAUCUUGUUAGACCAAAUUUUAGUAUAAAGGGAACCCGAGAGUGCAUUUUUCAUACCGCUCAAGCUACUGUUCGACGUACCGGAACAGAAUGGCAGUAUCAUAUAGUGAUCAGUAGGGUAUUUGAUGAAGGUGAAGAAGAGUUAGAGUUGCAAGAUGAAGAAGAAGAACUCGAAGAAGAAAAGGUGUUCCUUAUUGAUGAAUCUUUGAAGUUUCGUAAAGGACAAAUUGAAGGAUUGACCACAUUUUCUUGGAGAGACUUAUCCGGCGAUCCAGAUGACUUAUUCGAAUUUGUUUGUGACAUAAGUGUUACCGCGCAUACUGUCAAUGCUUUUGAAUACACGGUAUAUAAUUGUAUGUUUGAACGUAAAUAUCGAAAAUCUAGAGAUGAAGCGACUGAACAGGAUAUUCAAAGUUUUAUUUUCGACACAGAACUAAAAAUAGAUCAAAAUGAUAAAUCGCCCCCGUCAACUCCGAAGAAUAGGUCUAGUUUUAAUAAAUCAUUUACUACACCGACAUCUGCUAGUACUACUCCAAUGAAAGCGCGAAACAUAGAAAGUCCAUCUACUCCCACAAAGACUAGCAUCAAAUUAGAACUUCCUGGUGGUAGUUCAUCGAAAAUGACUUCAAUUAUAGAUGUUGAUGUUGAAUUACAUGUUUUCGAUCCGAAUACUGCUACGUUCUUAACGCAAUCACCUCUAGCAACAGCGAGUAUAUUGAAAGGGAAUAAUUACGAAUAUUGGCUUAAUAUCGAGGAUGAUAAUCAAAGGCAUGUAACACAGAAAAUAGAGCCAAGAAUGAAUCCUGUGUUCAAUUCAACACAACAUUGUCUUAUAUGGGUUUACUUCGAUGGAUUGGAUCUGGUCUAUUCCUUUUUAAUUAAAUUUCAGAACUUAGAUAACGAAACCAACUUCAAAAAAAAAUUUACUUUAGCAAUGUAUGAAACUUUAAAUGAAACGAAAGCCAAAGAAGAAGAACAAGAAUAUCUUAUGAAUGCUUAUCUAGAUGAAGAUGUUGAAAUGGUCGAUGCUGAUGAAGAGGACUCGGAAGAAGAAACAGGUUCCUCAGAUGAAGACGACGAUAACGAUAUUAUUAACACUGAAAGUAAAGGAGACAAUGUUAAUACACAACUUUCUGUUGGGCAAAAGCUUGACAGAUCCUUUAUUCUUAAGGGCAAUAAAAUUGGUGUAUUCAAACACACCGAUGAUGAUAAGAUAGAAUUCACUAACAAUAUAGACAAUAUUUCUAAACCUCAGGGGAAGAAAUUCAAUCCUUCUAAGAUGAUGUUGCAUGAAGGAGAUUCCAAUAUGAUCCUGAUGGAUGAAAAUGACGAACAUAGCCUUUUCAAGAUGGACCUAGAAUAUGGCAAAGUAGUAGAAGAAUGGAAAGUUCACGACAUAAUACCCGUUGAGAAUAUUUUUCCUAUAAAUAAAUUCGCCCAAACAACGGGAGAAAAAUCAAUUCUUGGUUUAUCAUAUAAUUCGAUAUAUAGCAUCGAUCCUCGAUUGCCAAAUUUUAAAUUGGUAAAUGAGAAACGUCGGCAAUAUGUUACAAAAAAUGAUUUUAUCAGUGGAGCUACUGACGCGAGUGGUCAUAUUGCCGUGGGGACUGAAAAAGGUGAUAUCAAACUAUUUGAUUCACUGGGAAAGAUUGCAAAAACCAAUUUGCCUGCCAUGGGAAGUGCCAUUAAAGGAAUCGACGUGACUUCUGAUGGUAAAUGGUUGAUUGCCACUACCGAUAAAUAUUUACUGCUGAUAAACACAGAAAUUAAAUCUGAUCCUGAGGGCAGAACAGGAUUUAAAAAAAGCUUUGCGAAAGACGAAAAGCCAAAGGCGAAAACACUUCAGUUGAAGCCAGAACAUUUAACUAUUAUGGGACAUGAUGUCAAUUUCACACCUGCAAGAUUUAAUACCGGAGAACAUGCGAUGGAAAAAACUAUUGUUACAAGUACUGGACCAUAUGUUAUCGCUUGGAAUUUCCGACGCGUGAAACAAGGGAAAUUGUUUGAUUAUCAAAUCAAGCGUUACGAUGAUGAUAUAGUCGCAGACAACUUUAGGUUUGGACAAGAUAAAUCAAUCGUCGUUACAUUACCGCAUGAUGUUACCUUAACCAAAAAGACUCAUUUAUCAACUCCUACAAAAUCAGCCCUUUCACCUUCAAAGAAAUCUGCUUCAAGAUCAAGAAAUAAUAUUGCAAAAUCACAUGAAAUUCAUUAGCGUUACGAUGAACUGAUUCAUUUGUAUAAUUA